CAUAUAUAGAUUUAUAGAGUGAUUGAAAUCAACUCAAUGCUGUCCCAUGAACAAAAAGAAUAUAUAUAUAUUUAUACAUACACAUAUCACCAUCUCUCUGUCUCUCUCUGUAUUUGUGUUGAAUUGAAUAAAUGCUGAUUAAGCCCCGUAGCCUUCGCUCAUUACUCCGUUUAUUCCUCCAUUGAACAACAACAACAACAGAGAUUCAUCACAAACUCAUCCUCUCACACUACAAGUGGAUAUACUCUUAAUCCUCUCCACCUAUUAAGCAAAAAAUUAUCCUCAUGCCUAAUCUCUCUCUCUCUCUCUCUAGAUAAAUCAUAAGAGAGAAAUUCAUUGUCAUCUCUUUCUCUCUCUCUCUCUCUCUUCCAAAUCAAAACAACCACGUUGUUUUGACUAAAUGGGUAUCCUCACUUUUAGCUCUCUCUCAUCAAUUCAAUCCAUAUAGUUUCUCAAACGCACACAUACACCCUCCAUUUUUUUUAACUCUUCCUUCACACACUUUCUCAUCUAACUACUCCUACUACUACUAAAUGGACGACUAUCUAAGAGAAAUACAAGGCAAAACAGCCCAUGAUCCUCACUCCACCACCAAAACAAGCAGUUCUCCCAGAUGGGUUUUCGUCCCGGGACCCAUCAUCGUCGGUGCUGGUCCCUCCGGCCUGGCUGCCGCAGCCUGCCUGAAAGUAAGAGGUGUUCCAAGCACAGUACUAGAGAGAUCAAACUGCAUAGCUUCUCUGUGGCAGCUCAAGACCUACGAUCGUCUUCGCCUCCACUUGCCGAAGCAAUUCUGUGAAUUGCCACUCAUGCCUUUCCCUGAAAACUUCCCAACUUACCCUACAAAACAACAGUUUGUGGAGUACUUGGAAGCUUAUGCUGAGAAAUUUGAUAUUACGCCAGUGUUUGGAGAGGCAGUGGAGAGAGCGGAGUUCGAUGAGAGUUUAGGGUUUUGGAGAGUGAGGAGUAGUGAGGGGAGAGGGUAUGUGUGCCGGUGGUUGGUGGUGGCGACCGGAGAGAAUGCGGAGGCGGUGGUGCCGGAGAUUGAAGGGAGGAGGGAGUUUUUGGGGCCUAUUUUGCAUACAAGUUUGUAUAAGAGUGGUGAGGUUUUUAGAGGGAAGAGGGUUUUGGUGGUUGGUUGUGGGAAUUCUGGAAUGGAGGUUUGUUUGGAUCUUUGCAACCAUAAUGCUACGCCUUCCUUGGUGGUCAGAGAAACAGUACACGUCCUACCACGAGAAAUGCUUGGAAAAUCAACUUUUGGGCUGUCCAUGUGGUUGCUCAAGUGGCUGCCCUUGGGCCUCGUCGACCGGCUCCUGUUGAUCGUGUCGCGGCUCCUCCUAGGCAACACUGCCAGGCUCGGCCUCGACCGCCCUCAAGUAGGUCCCCUCCAAUUAAAGAACUUGUCCGGAAAGACACCAGUGUUGGACGUUGGCACGCUUGCUAAGAUCAAAAGUGGAGACAUUAAGGUAUGUCCAGGCAUUCGGCGAUUAACACAUGAUACCGCUGAGUUUGUCAAUGGAAGAAAGGAGAAUUUUGAUGCAAUCAUCUUAGCAACUGGUUAUAAAAGCAAUGUACCCUCUUGGCUAAAGGAGAGAGAUAUGUUCUCGGAGGAAGAUGGUUUACCGCGGAGGCCAUUUCCAAACGGUUGGAAAGGCGAGUCUGGGCUAUACGCUGUAGGGUUCACCAAACGAGGGUUGCUUGGUGCAUCAAUCGAUGCUAAGAGGAUAGCAGAGGACAUUGAACAGUGUUGGAAAGCCAAGGCAAAACAUCUUACUUCCUUUGCGAGCGCUCUCUCCCCCUAAUCAUGCUUUUUUGCAACUUUUGAGUUACAAAAUAUAGAGUUGGUUAAUUUGAAAAAGUCUAUAGUUGAUUUUGGAGGGUUUUUUGGUGGUACCAAUGGCACAAUGCGUUGGUACCAAGGAGUUGCUCCUCCAUUUGAGGAAAAGAAGAAAAGUAGAAAGAGAUUUGUAGGAGUGAAGAGCCCUCUCUUUUCAUUAACACCAAGCCUUGGGAAAUAGGAGAGACUUGCAAAAGAUGAAUGGUGUUUUUCUUAGAGGGGGACCUCAACUUCUAGUAUCCAUUUUGUACAUCUUGUACAUUGCCAUUGCCCUAAUUGUUAGGUAUGCCUUUAGAGAGAGAGAGAGAGAGUUUUUGUAAGGGUGUUUGAAUUUGGUUUGCAAAUUGACAUGAGUGGUUAACCAAGAUUUUACAUGGG